UAGACCAAACCAGACUCUUUUUGAGUUACUUUUGUGGCCUCUCCGUUUCUGCCUUCCAAAUGUCAAUAAUGACUUUCUAGACUGGCUAUUUUAAAGACGUCUCAAUACUGGAGCCAGUGAUCCUGCAAACUCCUCGAUGUGAUUGAGAAUCAUAAAACGGCUGCUGAACGGUUUAUAUACGCAGAGGAUACGUCAAACUCAUAACAAUGAAGCGUAAUAAGCAUCGCUCCUCCAAGGAUGAUGGCAAAGGUCAAGAUGAACCGGCCAUUCUGGAGACGGAGGACAUGAGGAUGCCGGACCCUGACACCAUCUCACUGGCAUCCGUGACUGCUGUCACAACCAAUGUCUCCAACAAGAGAUCAAAGCCUGACAUCAAGAUUGAGCCUAGUGCUGGAAGACCAAUGGAUUUCCAAGUCAGUGUUACUGUGAUAGAGGCUCGACAGCUGGUAGGUUUGAACAUGGAUCCCGUGGUGUGUGUAGAAAUCGGUGAUGAUAAAAAAUACACUUCAAUGAAGGAGUCGACCAACUGCCCUUACUACAAUGAGUACUUUGUUUUUGACUUCCACGUUCCUCCUGAUGUCAUGUUUGACAAAAUCUUGAAAGUGUCGGUGAUCCAUUCGAAGAAUCUUCUGCGAAGCGGCACACUGGUCGGGAGUUUUAAGCUUGAUGUUGGCACCAUAUACACACAACCUGACCAUCAGUUCUUCCACAAAUGGGCCACUUUAUGUGAUCCCGAUGACAUCACUGCCGGAUUGAAAGGCUACGUCAAGUGUGACAUUGCAGUCGUGGCGAAGGGCGACACUAUCAAAACUCCACAUAAAGCCAAUGAAAAUGAUGAGGACGACAUUGAGAGUAAUCUGCUGCUGCCGGAGGAUGUCCCAGCGGAGCGCCAGUGGGCCAGAUUCUAUCUGAAAAUAUACAGAGCUGAGGGCUUGCCCAAAAUGAACACCAGCAUCAUGGCAAAUGUCAAAAAGGCUUUCAUUGGAGAAAAUAAGGACUUGGUUGAUCCGUACGUUCAGGUGCUGUUUGCAGGACAGAAGGGGAAAACUUCGAUUCAGAAGAGCAGCUACGAGCCGAUCUGGAACGAGCAGAUUGUGUUCACCGAGCAGUUUCCACCACUGUGUCGGAGGAUGAAGCUCCAGAUCCGGGAUUCAGACAAGGUGAACGACGUGGCCAUCGGUACACACUUCAUUGACCUGCGGAUGAUCGCCAAUGAUGGAGACAAAGGCUUUCUCCCAACUCUUGGCCCGGCGUGGGUCAACAUGUACGGCUCCACACGCAGCUACACGCUCAUGGAUGAGUAUCAGGACCUGAACGAAGGCCUCGGGGAGGGCGUCUCCUUCAGGGCCCGUCUGCUGAUCAGCCUGGCCGUGGAGAUUCUGGACACCUCGUCUCCUGAAGUCAUGAGCUCCACCGAGGUGCAGGUGGAGGGGAUACCCAACAUCUCUGACAAUGCAACAGGAAAAGUGGAGGAAUUCUUUCUCUUUGGAAGUUUCCUCGAGGCCACCAUGAUUGACAGGAAGAUCGGAGAUAAACCCAUCAACUUUGAGGUCACAAUAGGAAACUAUGGCAGUGAGCUUGAUACUCCAACCAAGCCCAAAUCGAAGAAGAAGAAGGGUGAUGGGGAUGACGAGGAGUCUGAGCUGAUUCACGGCUCCAGUGAUGAGGAGGCGGAUGAUGGUGGAGACGUGACGUCAGUUUCCACAACUCCUCCAAUGAAGCCAGUCAUCACCGACAGGAAUUAUUUCCACCUCCCGUACUUUGAGAGGAAGCCCUGCAUCUACAUCUACAGCUGGUGGCAGGACCAACGACGGCGACUUUAUAAUGCCAACGUCAUGGACAAAAUGGCAGAUAAACUGGAAGAAGGGUUGAAUGAUGUGCAGGAGAUCAUAAAAACAGAGAAGGCCUAUCCGGAGCGCAGACUCAGAGGAGUCCUGGAGGAGCUCAGCAACAGCUGCAGUACCUUUGUAUCUUUGGCAAACAAUGACCAGAAUCAGGCCGGCAGGACUAAACUGGACAAAGAGAGAGUCAAAUUAUGCAUGCAGGAAGUGGAGAGCAUUGGCCAGCAAGCAAAAACCAUGAGAUCACAAGUCAAAAAAAGCAACGUGAAAGAAAGAAUAAAACUGGCUCAAAACUUCCUCCACAAGCUGAGAUUCUUGUCUGAUGAGCCUCAACAUAGCGUUCCAGACAUUUACAUAUGGAUGAUAAGCAACAACAAACGCAUUGCAUACGCCAGAGUUCCCUCUAAAGACAUCCUCUACUCUUCUGUGGAGGAGGAGUGUGGAAAGGACUGCGGGAAGGUCCAGACCAUCUUCUUUAAGCUGCCUGGUAAGAAGAGUUUUGGACCUGCGGGCUGGACAGUUCAGGCUAAGACUGAGCUGUAUCUGUGGCUGGGCCUGAACAGGCAGCGUAAGGACUAUCUGUGCGGUCUGCCUAACGGAUUCGAGGAGAACAAGGCAGCGAAAGGGCCGGGCAUUCAGUCCUCUCCCCCUAUCAGCCUGAUGUACACCAUGAAGCAGAUCUUCCAGCUGAGGGUCCACAUGUACCAGGCUCGCAGUCUGUUUGCGGCAGACAGCACAGGCCUCUCGGAUCCAUUCGCCAGAAUAUUUUUUUCUACUCACAGUCAAGUCACAGAGGUCCUGAACGAGACGCUGUGUCCUACAUGGGAUCAGCUGCUGGUGUUUGAUCAUGUAGAGCUCUACGGUGAAGCUGGAGAACUGAGAGACGAUCCUCCGAUAAUCGUCAUCGAGAUCUACGACCAGGACACAGUGGGGAAAGCUGAUUUCAUGGGAAGGACGUUCGCUAAACCGAUCACCAAGAUGUCGGAUGAGCACUACGGGCCUCCGCGUUUCCCUCCUCAGCUGGAGUACUAUCAGAUCUACAGGGGAAACUGCACGGCUGGAGAAAUGCUGGCCGCCUUUGAGCUGCUGCAGAUUGGACCAGGUGGAAAGGCUGACCUGCCACCAAUAGACGGACCUACAGAUAUCGACCGCGGCCCAAUCCUGCCGGUGCCUAUCGGUAUUAGACCUGUCUUGAGUAAAUACAGGAUUGAGGUUCUGUUCUGGGGUCUGAGGGACUUGAAGCGGGUGAAUCUGGCUCAAGUGGACCGUCCCCGUGUGGACAUCGAGUGCGCAGGGAAAGGUGUUCAGUCGUCGCUGAUCCAGAACUACAAGAAAAACCCCAACUUCAGCACUCUGGUCAAGUGGUUUGAAGUGGAUCUGCCAGAGAACGAGCUCCUCCAUCCUCCACUGAACAUCCGCGUGGUGGACUGUCGAGCGUUUGGCCGCUACACACUAGUCGGCUCUCAUGCCGUCACAUCCCUGCGCAAGUUCAUCUACAGGCCUGCAGACAAGAGUGUCAAUAACUGGUCUGCUAUGGAAGAGGUUGUGAUCCACACAGAGCCUGAACCAGCAGUGAAGAAGAUUGAGACAGUUGUCAAACUUGACUCGGCAUCUGAUGCUGUGGUCAAAGUUGAUAUGCCGGACGAUGAGAAGGGUGGGAAAGGGAAGAAGAAGCGUAAGAAGGGCGAAGAGGUGGAGGAGGAGGAGCUGGAUGAGAGCAUGCUGGACUGGUGGUCCAAGUAUUUUGCCUCCAUUGAGACACUGAAAGAGGCCAUGAAGGCACAAGAAGCAGAAGCUGAAGAAAAAGAGGAUUUUGAAUCUGGAGAUGGGAAGAAGAAGCGAGGAAAGAAGAGUAAAACCAUGCCUGGAGAGGCCGUGCCGGAGAAGAAGAAGCAGAAGAUCGAAGAGUUCAAGGUCUACAACCGAGAGCUGGAGUAUGAUUAUAACCAGUUUGAGGACUGGCUUCACACCUUCAACCUUCACAGAGGGAAGUGCUCAGACGACGCGGAUGUGGAUCAGAAUGCAGCUGAUGAAGACAGACUCAUUGGCAAGUUCAAGGGCUCCUUGUGUAUCUACAAAGUCCCCUCAGAUGAUAUGUCCAGAGACAUGGGCUUUGACUCCAACAUGGGAAUGUUCCAGAACAUCCCGCACAAUGAUCCAAUAAACGUGCUUGUCCGAAUCUACGUGGUCCGGGCAACAGAUCUGCACCCUGCAGACAUCAAUGGAAAGGCCGAUCCAUACGUUGCCAUCAAGCUUGGAAAGUCCGAAAUCAAGGACAAGGAGAAUUACAUCUCAAAGCAGCUCAACCCUGUGUUUGGAAAGUCGUUUGAUGUUGAAGCAACUCUCCCAAUGGACUCCACCCUCACUGUGUCCAUCUAUGACUGGGAUUUGGUGGGAACCGAUGACCUGAUCGGCGAGACUAAGAUAGACUUGGAGAACCGUUUCUACAGCAAACACAGGGCCACAUGUGGCAUCAGCUCCACCUAUGCCAUUCAUGGUUAUAAUGUAUGGCGGGACCCAUUAAAGCCAUCGCACAUCCUUGCCAAACUCUGCAAAGAUGGAAAGAUAGAUGCGCCGCAGUAUGGCCCAGGAGGAAGAGUGAAAGUGACGAACAGAGUUUACACAGGGCCAACUGAAGUAGAAGAUGAAAAUGGACUAAAGAAACAGACGGAUGAGCAUUUAGCUCUUGCUGUACUGAACCACUGGGAAGACAUUCCUCGGAUCGGCUGUAAACUGGUUCCAGAACACAUGGAGACGAGACCUCUCCUAAAUCCAGAUAAACCUGGGAUUGAGCAGGGGAGGAUUGAGAUGUGGGUAGACAUGUUCCCCAAGGACAUGUCUGCGCCUGGACCUGCUCUAGAUAUCUCACCAAGGAAGCCAAAGAAAUUUGAGCUCAGGGUGAUCGUGUGGAACACAGACGAAGUCGUUCUUGAGGACGAUGACAUCUUCACUGGGGAAAAAUCAAGCGACAUCUUUGUUAGAGGAUGGCUGAAAGGCCAACAAGAGGAUAAGCAGGACACAGAUGUCCACUAUCACUCACUGACUGGAGAGGGAAAUUUCAACUGGCGCUUCAUUUAUCCUUUCGACUACCUGCAGGCCGAAGAGAAAAUUGUCAUCUCAAAGAAAGAGUCCAUGUUUUCCUGGGAUGAGACUGAGUACAAAAUUCCUGCCCGACUGAACUUGCAAGUGUGGGAUGCAGAUCAUUUCUCUGCUGACGACUUCUUGGGUGCGAUCGAACUGGACCUAAAUCGAUUUCCAAGAGGCGCAAAGACAGCAAAGCAGUGCUCCAUCGAAAUGGUCACUAAUGAGAAUGAAAUGCCCAUGGUCAACAUCUUCAAGCAGAAGAGAAUCAAAGGCUGGUGGCCGUUUGUGGCCCGAGAUGAAAAUGAUGAGCUAGAAAUUACAGGUAAAGUGGAAGCAGAGCUUCAAUUGUUGACAGGUGAGGAGGCUGAGAAGAGUCCCGUCGGUGAAGGACGCAAUGAGCCAGAGCCUCUGGAGAAACCCAACCGCCCGGACAUUGCUAUGCUGUGGUUCUUGAUGCCGCUAAAGGCAAUCCGGAAUCUCGUCUGCAACCAAUACAAGUGGCUGGUCAUCAAAUUAGUGUUGGCGCUGAUGCUUCUUGCCAUUCUGGGCCUGUUCCUCUACAGUAUGCCUGGUUACAUGGUGAAAAAGCUUCUGGGAGCUUGAGAGGCUUCUCUCUGCAUCGAUUGAUAGUUCUGCGAAAUUUCAUUUGGAAUGGUGUAUUGGUGUGUUGGAGAAGUCAUACGCAAACCUACUUUCCUCUGUUGCCUUCAAUUAUUACUGGUUUGAUCAUAAACACUACUAAACCGCAAAGCUGAAAAUAGAUUUAGAGGAGCGUACAGUAGAGAUCUCUUUGUCUUUUAGAAAACUAAAAACACUUGAAAACAUAUAAUUGUCUGAUUUUCCUGCAUAUCCAGUGCUGAUGUAAAAUGUUUUUAUAUACAUCUAUAAAUUAGUACAUUUCUGGACUAUUCCGAUGGUUGGAAGUUGUGUUUCUUUGCUAAAAUGUGUGUUAUUGUGUGCUUUUGGCUGCUGCUAAUAAAUCAAAUUAAAAAUAAAACUAUACAUGCAUUUUAUUUGUUAGAACCCAGAGAAAAUCUUGCCAUUUUUCUUUCUAUAAUUGAUAGUUUUCAGUCACAUGACCUGUGUAGAGACAUGCCAGGCAAAAAAAACCAAAACAAUGAGCCACAAUGGCAGCUACACUGGGAUCUCCAUUGAAACACAGCGCAAACCGGUCAUAUUUCCAUCUCUUUCAAGCUACAAAUAUUUGGAUCACAUAUUGACAGAAUGAACAAGAGAUAUAUCCACAAACUGUAAAUUGUGGGCACUUGCGAACUAUAAACGAAAUCCAUAAAGCUGUUUCAGUCAUUUACAAAUGUCUCUCUCAGAGCUCGAAUUCGCCGUUGUUUACAUUUAUCUUGUGGAUAUCCCUCAGCGAUUCAGUCAUUGGUGACUGCAAAAAUCUAACCGUUCACUUCUGCUAUUUAAACUUUGACUUUGCAUUUCGAUUUUUACUUGGAUUGCACUAGAAUAGAAACUAAAUAAAAAGACUUGUCAGUCUGCGGGAGAUAGACAUGGCGGGCGAAAAAACAAUGAGCCGUAAUGGCGGCUACACUGGGAUCUACAUAGAACCACAGCACAAACCGUCAUAUAUACAUCUGUUUCAAGCAACAGAUACUUGAAUCACAUAUCAACAGAACAAAACAGAUCACACAAUGUAAUUGUUAGCACUUGGGAUACAUAUACUGCAUCUGCACCCUUUUGUCAGUCAAUUAAAACCCUUAGUGUUUCUAUAUAAAAAAGACUUGUCGGUCAGCAGGAGAUAGUGAUGUUUUGCCCACCAGGGGGGCGUUUCCACAAUCAAGUAACGUCACGUGAAAACUAUCAAUUAUUUGCACCCAAGCUCUGAAAACCAGUCCAGUGGUGGAUCUUUGGAUGCAUUCGCUGCACCAAUCGUCCUGUUUCUCUCAAAUGAUUUAGCAAAAAUCCAGUUUGAAGCGUUCAUUAAACAACGUUAUACUUGCACUUCCCUUUUGCUUUGACCUGCCAAACUUGCAUGCAAUCAGUGAGACAAACAUUUACGAUUUGUUCAGAAAGAUUAAAAGCUUGUUCAUUGGUUUUGUCCCACCAGCC